AUGGAACCAGAACCUCCUGAUUACAUCAAAGAUUUGUUUAGAAAUAAGCACUUCUUAGACAAUAUACGGGCUUAUAACCAGAUGUUUAGCAUGACUUCUUUUGGUGCCCGUGUUGAUGAAUCAGUAAACGCUGCUGGAACAGGUCCUUAUGUGUUUAUGAUUUCUGGUCAGAUUUUUCAUUGGAUUGGAACAUUAUGUCCAACAGAAGGAGAACCACCCCGGUUCUUACAAUUGUAUAUAUAUGAUACGGAAAAUGAGAGAGUUGGAGCUAUAGUGUUUGAAAGUGGCCCAAAAACUCAAACAGAUUAUGACGUGAUUAUCGAGAUGAAGGAUGGAAGGCCCAAAAGAAUUAACAAGCUACAUCCAUCGUAUAUGUCACUUCAAUUUCCUCUAAUUUUUAUUUACGGUCAGUCUGGUUAUCAAUAUUCGAUGAAACUAAUCAACUCUCAUGGUAGUGAAUCUGAAAAGAUUAGGAGUUUAACAAUGAACAUGUAUUAUGCUCAUCAGUUGCAUGACCGGUUCAACCUUUAUGGAUUGUUGGCACGGGGAGGCAGGUUAUUCCAACAAUAUGUGGUUGGUGCUUAUUGUAGCAUAGAACUAAGUAGAAUGGACUAUAUUAGAUGCAAGCAAGGGGAUAUCAGAAAUGAAUACUUAUCCGGAUUACAUGAUGCAAUUACCAGGGGUGAUCAUGAUGGGUCUGAUGUGGGGACAAGAAUAAUUCUGCCUGCCUCUUUCACUGGGGGUCCUCGAUAUAUGUACAGCCAUUACUUGGAUGCUCUAGCUAUCUGUCGUGUUCAUGGAAAUCCUAAAUUUUUUAUUACGUUCACGUGCAAUGUCAAAUGGCCAGAGAUCAAGAGGUAUAUGAGUAAAUUUCCAGAAUUAUCGCCAGCAGAUAGGGCUGAUAUAGUGGACCGGAUUUUUCAGAUGAAAGUUCGAGCUUUUAUCAGCCUCCUCAAAAAUGACAAACCAUUUGGGCACGUAACAGCAGUUUUAUACACAAUUGAAUUCCAAAAUCGAGGGUUUCCACAUUGCCAUACACUACUGUGGGUUACACCAAACACAAAAAUACAAGCUGGUGAAGAUGUUGAUCAAUAUAUUACAGCGGAGUUACCAGACCCGAAACUUGAUCCACAUGGAUACAAAGUUGUUUCAGAAAUGAUGAUGCAUGGCCCUUGUGGGCCAACUAAUUCAGGCGCAGCCUGCAUGCAAGAGGGAUUUUGCAGCAAGAGUUUUCCAAAGAAGUAUAAUGAAAAAACAUUUUUUGACAAAGAUGGAUACGUGCAUUAUCAAAGAAGAAACACAGGCAUCUAUUGUAUAAGACGAGAGUUCAUUUCAAAGGGUACAGAUCGGGUUGUUUCGUGUAUUACCAGGCCAGUUGGUGAUCCCUCCCCGUCAACCGGUCAAAGAAAGAUAGAAGCUGUUGACGAAAUCCAAAAGUUUGUCAAUGCACGUUACAUUGGCCCCUAUGAAGCCUGUUGGAGAAUCUUCAAUUUUCGUAUACACCAUAGAGAACCAGCUGUGGUGAUAAUGGCAGUUCAUAUAGAAAACAUGCAGCAGAUUAAUUUUAGAUCGGGACAGAGACUCGAAGCAAUUGUUGGCGACUGUGAAAGAAAAAAAACUACAUUAACUGAGUGGUUAAACUUCAAUACUAGCUCCGAGGAAGGUCGCCACUUGACAUAUCUGAAUUUUCCUUCAGAAUUUGUUUGGUGUCUAGCACAAAAGAGCUGGAAAAAGAGAGCUAACAAGAAUAAACCGUCGAUUGGUAGGUUAACAUACGUACAUCCUAGUUCUGGGGAGUUAUUCUAUCUUAGAAUGCUACUAUGUCAUCAAAAAGGUUGCAAGUCCUUUCAAGACAUACAAAAAGUGGAUGAUAAAGUUUACCCAACAUACCGGGCUGCAUGUAAAACUUUAGGUUUACUCGGUGAUGAUAAAGAGUGGAGUGCUGCAUUAGAAGAAGCUGCUGCUCAUUCAGGUACAUCAGCAGAAUUACGCUCACUAUUUGCUCAUAUCCUUAUUUUUUCUGAAGUGACGGACCCAAUUACUUUGUGGAAAAAGCAUUGGACUCAAAUGGCUGAAGAUAUUCCGAGAAGGAUCUCUACAUCACCUUAUAUCGACAUAUCUCAUGUGGAGUUAGAAGGUUAUGUGCUAUAUCAAAUGGAAGCGCUUUUAAGUUCUUGUGCUAAAUCUUUGAAAGAUUUUGGUUUACCAUCGCCUCCACGACAUCUGCUAGAUAAAUUAGCAAAUGAGUUAUUGGUGGAGGAGAGAAACUAUGACCGAGAUAUUCUAACUGGAGAACGAUAUGCACUCGUGUCAAAGUUAAAUAAGGAGCAAAAGGAAAUCUAUGAUUUGAUUAUAAAUGCUUCAACAAACAAUCUACAAGAGCUGAUAUUUGUAAAUGGGCAUGGAGGCACGGGAAAAACUUUCCUUUGGAAAUCAAUUAUCAGCUCUUUGCGUUCUCAAGGAAAGAUUGCCAGACAGCACACUCUCGAUUCAAGAUACCUCUUAAUUUGA